UUUAUCCGCAGGCCAGUUUUGUUAAUUGGAUGUUUAUUCGUGACGAUCCCUUCUUCUCAGCGCUACUGUCGCCGGCCGCCUGGCAACUGUCGCUUCUUCCACCCACCCGAGCACAUUCGCCAUCAACUACUGCUGACUCGUUUUGAAAGGUCCGGUCCCCACAGGCUUCUCACUCCGGCCCCAGCCUCAUCGCCUCGUCAUCAGGCCCGGCUGGUUGUCGGGUUGUCGGGCCAGCGUGGCGGGGUUCAAAGUAUUGGACAAUUGUCGAGAACCAACCAAACCGGAGGCCUACACUUGGGCAACUGUCGGCAUUCGACUUGCCCACUCCCUCUUCACUCUCCGGAGGCGGUAUUUGGAGUAGCUCUUGACCGGUCACAAGUGACCGGUACGUCCAGAGAUACGGAGCAAGCGUCACCGGCGUCACAUGGACUCAUCUGCCCCGAAGACCUCAUACCCAGGGCCCUUGUCUCGGCCGUCGGCCUGCGAGCUCAGCCAGCCUCCGACAGCACAGGCUGGCGGAUCGGUAAUGAAGAGCUGCUGCCGAAUUGCUGGCAAAAGGCCAGUUCUGAGGGGAUUAAGGCUUUGUCAGAGACGAGGCGAUUUGUCGGCAUGACCGAACCCGACUCGACUCCAGGCCGCCAACAACUGACUGAAAUUCGGCUACAACCAGCAGUUCUCUGGCCUAAGCUGACGGAAUGGAUGAGUCGGAAUGAUUGGCAUUCACUUCUGCUUUCGUCACUAAGUGACCUGUUUCCAUCCCGUUUGGCUGCUAGCAACACCUCUCCCGAACUCGACCUACAAGCAAGGAUCAACAAAGUAGUGUCUCCUAAUUUUUUGGCAAGAAAUCAAAAAAUGUUCAUCCCCAUAACACAUUCAGGCUAG